UGUCUUGCACACUCCUCCGCCUGCUAGGUCUCCCAUCUUUUCCUUCAUCUGGCGAUCUCACCUUCGUUCGUGCUCAUUAUUGUCUGGUCGUUCAUCUUCGCGCUUCCAGUCCAUUCGCUACCUUUGCUAUGCUCUGUUUGCCGGCCCAGAGAUGCUGACUCGGGUCUUUUUUGGCAUUUCGCUCACUGCCUUUCUGUUCAACGCAGCAUUCGCUCAAGAUGCUGGUCAAUGGAUCAUUCCUAACAGUGCCGAGGCCAACUUCACCGAUGUCUACAAUAACGGCAACAGUAUCACCUGGUCAUGGCAGGGUAUGAAUCAUUCCCUGUCGGAUCUAUGGUUGACUAGCUAUGAUCCCACACUCUCAUAUGCUCUACGCGUGGCUGCGAACAUCAACAUCACCGGACCUGGAACUCUGCCUUGGACAAUCACAGUCAAUGACACCCAGAUCGACAUUGAUGACCGCUUUUGUCUGAGAUUCGUACUCACCGGAACGGAUAUCUUCCCUUUCCAAACUGACCAGUUUCCGAGCCCUGCCUUCCUCAUUCUACAGCAGGGUCAGACACUUCCAGCCACGACUGCGAGUACGUCGACAGCUUCGGCAACCUCGACUUCUACUGCAUCAUCGCAAACUACUACGACGAUCUCCUCGUCUUCGUCAACAUCGUCUUCAUCCACGCCACGUCCGCCAUCGAAACCGACUCUCAGUGCAGGAGCCAAAGCCGGUAUUGGUGUUGGUGCAGCGGCUGUGUUCUUGAUCAUCCUGGCACUGUUGUUUGUGGUCUUGAGGCUAUAUCGACGCGUCAAGGCCGCAUCUAACCAGCAUUCCCAAGGCAUUAUCCCAGAACACUCUGAAGGCACAUCACCCACGACACCUAGCACACUUCCAGUCAUCAAGCAAAUAUCCGGCCUGCACGAGGCAUUGGGUGACAGAAGGCAUCCUACGGAAUUGAGUGUCAAGCAAGAGAAGGCUGUGGUACAUGAACUGCCUGGCUGAGAUAUAUCUGAAGACCAUGCAAUCUCAGACAACCUCAUUUUAAAGCCUGGUGUUCCAGAAAAGUGGCACUAAAUCGCUCGAGAUCGAGCGUAGGCAUCACGUCCUUCAAAAUACCGAAUGCACAUCCUGGACGUCCACCCCGGCCCUGCCAGAAGUGUUCAUCUGGGAGCACACCGGAUAUAGCAGCAUCGCACAGCAGUGCUUGUGCCUACGGCUUCCGUGUGGAUCUGUUUGUUUGCAGAUCCAAGCAGGGAUCACAACGGAUAUCAAUUCCGUCGAUCCAGCAAAA